AUGGCGUACAUAAAAAUGCCAUUUGGACUGUCUAAUGCAGGAGCCACUUUUCAAAGAGCAAUGGAUAUGGCUCUCAAAGGGCUUAUUAAUAAAUUUGUGCUUGUAUAUCUAGAUGACAUUUCUGUUUUUUCAAGGAGUGAAGGUAUUUCAAUAGACCCAGAAAGAAUCACAACUAUUCUAGCAUUGCCACUUCCAACACAUAAAAAAGGCUUGCAAAGCUUUAUAGGGGGAAUUAACUUUGUUAGGAGAUUUAUACCCAACAUUGCAGCAUUAUUGCAACCGCUAACAACAAUGCUUAAAAAAAAUGUUGUUUUCAAAUGGACCAAGGAAGGUACCAAAAGUUUUGCAGAUAUCAAAGAGGCACUUGCAUCAGCCCCAACACUAAUUAAUCCAAAUUAUGAGAAGGAUUUCAUACUAUAUGCAUUUGGAGGUGUUGAUACUAUCUCAGCCAUGCUUUGUCAGCAAAACGAAGGACAAGAGAAACCAAUUGCAUUUUUCAGCCAUAUACUACAGGACUAUGAGAUGGCAGAAGAUACAACAAACAACCAUCAAACAGAAGAACAAGUUGCCCUUAUACUCACAAAUGAAGAAGAGGAUGUUGCCUCAAAUGAAGAAACAGAUGCAACAACUGAUAACACACCAAAUCAAAUUGAUAGAAUUUUAGAAGAAUUCCAUAAUGGACCUGCAGGAGGUCAUUUAGCAGCAAGAGCAACAACCUUGAAAAUCAUGAGACCAAUACAAAUAGAAAAACCAUUUUCUAAAUGGGGAUUAGAUUUUAUUGGGCCUAUUAAUCCACUUUCAGGUGCAGGACAUAAAUGGAUCCUAACAACAACAGAUUACUUUACCAAAUGGACUGAAGCAGUCACACUUAAGGAGGCAAAUGAAAAUUUAGUUAUGAAUUUUUACCAAGAUCUAGUAUCCAGGUUUGGUACCCCUGAUGCAAUUAUAUCAGAUAAUGCCUUAGCUUUUAUUGGUUUAAAAGUAUCAGAUUGGUCUGUUAAGAACAAUGUUUUUCUAAGUGCUUCAUCAAAUUAUUACCCCCAGGGUAAUGGACGGGUUGAAUUAACCAAUAAAAAUCUGAUUAAGAUCAUUAAAAAGUAUAUUCAGCAUAAUCAAAGAACAUGGCAUGAAGAGAUGAAGUUAGCCCUAUGGCCUGAUAGGAUGACACCAAAAAGAGCUACAGGUUUUUUACCUUAUGUUCUAGUUUAUGGCAAAGAGGCCAAAUUGCCAAUAUCAAUAGAGUUUCCAACUCAUAGUUAUAUAAAAGAACUUGAAAUGCUAGAGGAGCAACCAAUGGAAAUCAGGCUUGCUCAAUUGAUGGAGUUGGAAGAAACCAGAAAGGAAGCUUUCAGAAAGCUUGAAAUUCACCAUUCUCAGAUGAAGAAGACAUUUGAUAAAAAGGCAGUAGCAAGGACCUUCAAUGAAGGUAAUUUAGUUUUCAAAUGGGAUGAACUUAAAAGUUGA